AUGGCAGCAACAGACGCCUUUUCCGAAAACGAUGCUAUGAGAUUUUUUCAACAAUAUGGAUAUAUAGAUAGCAAUUCUAUAGCAAAUUUUAAUUUAACGCUCCUACAUUUCCAACAAAAAUAUAAUUUAUAUGUGGAUGGUACAUUAAACGAUGAAACCAUAGCAUUAAUGCAAAAACCUCGAUGUCACACUGGAGAAAACGCUUACUCUCUUAAGGGAAAAUGGUAUAAACAUAAUCUAAGAUGGUACUUUCCUCAGGCAUAUAACGUGAAAGAUCUAAUUCAAUUAGUUGAACGAGCCUUUAAAAUAUGGAAAGAUGUUUCAAAUUUACAUUUUACCAGAGUAACUGUUCCUGUUCCGAAACCAGAUAUCACUAUAACAGCAGUUAAAAGAAAACAUUAUUUUCGCUCCAAUUGUAUGGGGGGCCAAAAGUGUGGAUUUGAUUUUGAUGGUCGUGGUGGAACAUUAGCACAUUCGUAUUUUCCCAUCAAUAAUGAUAGUUGCGUAGAAAUACAUUUAGACCUCGAUGAAAAAUGGAGUUAUAAUUUGAAUGAUCCCGAUUAUGAUUCCACCAAUCUCUUUAUGGUCGUUCUUCAUGAAAUCGGUCACAGUUUAGGAUUAUUACACAGUAACGAUGAGACAGCUGUAAUGUAUCCAUGGUACCCUAAUAAAUUACAAAAUAUUAGUCAGGAUGAUAUUAGUGGCUUAGAGGCUUUAUACGGACGCAAAAGUACAUCUAUUCCUUCACAGUAUAGUGCAUUAACCCCGUCAUCGCCGCGCAAAAGUACAUAUAUUCCUACACAGACUAGUGCAACACCCCAGUCGCAUAUAUCGAGGGUGCAUACUACACGAUACCGACCUAGACCAACCGAGAUCAUACCCCAUCAAGCAACGAAAACUGCACCACAUUUUUGUGCUAUUGAAUAUCCUAAUAGUCUCUUUUUAGCAUAUGAUCCUCAGUUUAAGAACCAUCAUAUGUAUAUAAUACAUGAAGGAUUUGUAUGGAAGAAUGAUAUAAAUGGACACAUGGUACCGAAUAAUCCAGAACAUUUGAGUACUUAUUUACCUAAACAACUAAGAAAUAUUUCGCAUGUGUUUCAGAAUAUAGCUGGCAACUUAAUUGUUACAUCAAAUAACACUAUGUACUCAGUAUCCUUUCCCAGCAUAACUAUUUGA